UGUAAAGUGAAAAUUCCAUGUAAGAUCUAAGAAACCGCAUUGAGUCAACCGGCAAACUCAAUUUAGAUUUGAGCCCCAUCUGUAGCAGUAGACAGUAGUAGUUCUGGAAAAUAAAAACAAACAAAAGAAAACACACUCAAGACUCUCCUUUCUCCAUCAAUUUGCCCCAAAUCCAGACAUCCCCAGCAAUCUUAUUCAUUAAAUUGCGAAUCCCAGAUUUUAAUUUCAAAAAAAAAAAAAAAAACUAUUAUGGGUUUCCUCUGAUUCAGAUACUCAGACAGCGGCAACGAAAAUCAAGGAAAAUUCUAUGGAAGGCAAGUAUGUUGUCCUUUUUGUUCUGUUUUGCAUUUGUUUUUCUAUAAUUAUUGAUGUAAAUUGUGCUACCCCUUUACUUGAAACUCAGCUCCUUCCUAAUUGCAAUUGCAAUCCUGAGACUCAUAAAGAUAGCAUUUUUAAUGAUGAUAAUUUGUUGUAUAAUCAACACCAAGCUCAAAUUGAUAAGUUAGAAGAGUUAGUUAGGAAUUUAAGUGAGCUAGUGGGAAGAUUAGAGUCCAAACUUGAUGAAUCUAAAAAUUAUAAGAGUUUGGAAAAUGCAAACUACUAUUAUACUACCAAGGAAAAGGGUGAUAGAUCAACUUAUACUUUGGGGAGAGAUAUUGGCAUUCAAGAUGACGGAUUUAAAGGUAAGACUGCUCAAGAGAAUCGAUUAAAAACCGGUUCGAUUACCAAGUACAGCCCAUUUUGGUCUGAGAAAUUCCAGUUUAUGUCAGCAGUCAACUUGGAUUCAGUUGCUACAAGUGUUAAUGUUUUGCCCUUUCGAGAUUAUGAAGGCAGCAGUAAGUAUAUAGCGGUUGGUGAUGAUCGAGGCCGAGUUUAUGUCUUCUUAAGAAAUGGGGAUGUAUUGCUUGAGUUCUACACACUGUCUCAUUCACCUGUUACUGCUAUGCUUUCGUAUAUGUCAGCGUAUAUGAACGAGAGUGUGUUGGUUACAGGACAUAGUAAUGGGAUCAUUUUGGCUCAUAGACUUUGGGAGACUUCGGUUUCUGAGGAUCUGAGUUCCCUUCAUAUGGAGCAUCAUGUGGCUUUGGAUACGGGAGAAACUGGGUCAGUUGAAUCAUCAAUCUCAAUCUUGGAAGUCCAUCAUGUUGGAAGAUCCAGAUACAUCUUGUCUGUGGAAGAGAGUGGGAAAAUCAAGGUUUUUAGAGAGAAUGGUACUCUGUAUGGGUUGGCUGUGCCAACAAGCCGUCCCUUGGCUUUUCUAAAGCAACGGCUUCUGUUCUUGAUGGAGAAGGGUGCCGGAUCUUUAGACUUGAGGACUAUGAAGAUCAGGGAGACUGAAUGUGAAGGUUUGAAUGAUUCGUUGGUGAAAAACUACGUGUUUGAUGCUACUGAACGGUCAAAGGCAUAUGGGUUCACAUCAUCUGGCGAUUUGAUUCAUCUAUUAUUAUUAGGUGAUGUAACCAACUUCAAAUGCAGGGUUAGAUCCAGGAAAAAGUUUGACAUGGAUGAGCCUCUUGCUUUUCAAGCAAUUAAGGGAUACUUACUAAUCAUCGGCCAAGAAAAGAUUUAUGUGUACAAUGUUUCAACUCAGCACUAUAUCAGGUCUGGUGCUCCUCGUCAGACAUUUUCUGCCGGUAUAGAGGAGAUCAAAUCAUCUUUUUUACCUGGUCAGACUGUGGAUGAGAGCGGGAAGGAAAAGGCGAUACCACUAAUUGCUAGUGAUCGUGAGAAGCUUGUUAUUCUUGGUCUUGGAGGAGGAUACGUUGGAAUGUACCGUUCAAAACUUCCGAUUACCAAAGGAGAGUCCAACACAGUGCUGUGGACAAGUCCUGUGCUGUUUUUCAUCCUCUUCCUCUUUGGAGCAUGGCAGUUCUUUGCCAAGAAAAAGGAAGCACUUACAUCGUGGGGCCCAGAUGAUCCAUUUAAUUCCACCUCAGUCACAAGUGGAGCCCCAUUAGGAUCUGGGUCAGGAGAUAGAUCUUUUACUGAUUCAUCAUCAAGAAAUGCUGAUGUCAUGGAAUUGAGGAACAAUGGUUUAAGAGGUCCAUCAAGAAGGUAUACUUCUCCUUCCCGAUAUCCUGCUGGUGGAGGCAGUACCUUUAGGCCAAGUGCCGUGGACACCAGCUCUAGACCAUCCUCUGUCGAUCCCAAUUAUAGAACAACCUCAGAGAUGAAAUUCAGAGGUUCUAAUCUUGACUCCUCCUCUGCUUUCCCAAAACGAAGAGAGAAUCUGUAUGAUGAUGGAAACUGACUUGUAAAAUAACAUUCCUGGAAGUGCUACCUGCUGGAGGUGUUGUUACUGAAUUUUGUUUUUGUGUCUCGUUUAUUACCCCCAUAGUGUUCAUAUCAUCAUAUGCACCUAUUUCUGUUUGAGCUUGUACCCUUGUUGUAAUUUUGUGAUCUUCGGUUGUGAAGAUAGAACUAAUGUAAGAGCUUACUAUAGUAUUUUCCAAGUAUACAGGAGUUGUGCAAUUGUGCUUUUCA